UGUCAAGAGACUGAGAAGAGGAAACAGGACCAUCAUUCCUUAGGUCCUCUAAGGAAUCUGGGGCAGUGGAUCUGUAAAGGCCCAUCAGCAAGCUUCAGUGCCCAUUCCAAGGAUGCUUCAGUGCUCAAGAGGAGAAGAGGGGAAAAAAAAAAUGCUCCUGGUGUUAAAGUACCUUUACUGGCUUGCAUGCUGGUUCAGCAGUGAAGCUGCCCUAGUGCUGAGGCCAUCACAGUGUCCUCUUAAGCCCUGGGGCAAAAACAAAUCUGUUCUGAGCCAGGUUCUGGUGAAGCUUGGAGGGGAGGAACCUAUAUUCUCAUCCACAUCUUGGGAAGUCUUCAGUCAUUCCUUUUUCUAUGUUGGUACACGGCACUCUUUUGGAACCCAAGAUUGGACCACAAAGACUUCUAGGAUUGUUCUCGCUGCUCUGCAGGUUAUCAGGUACCUUGAAUGUCCAUGAUCCUUACUACUCUUUCAGAAGUUGCAUUGGCAGAUUCUUCAAACAUACUGCAGAAUCUGUGUGCACAGCUGCCGUUGGAUAAGUCAGGCUGAUAAAGUGCAGAAGAGGAGGUGAAUCUGAAUGAAUCAGCUUUUUCUGAGGGUGCUCUAAGGAAAACGUAAAUCUCUGUGGUGUGGAAAGAUCUUAGACGCCAGCUGUACUCCAGCCAUGCCACCAGCGGCCUUCACAUUCUGAACUUUCACCUUAGGCUUUCACAGGCCUGUUCCCACUGUUUAAAAACUUCCAAGAGAGAAGCCGCCAGGACUGCUCAGACCUGAACACCUGCACCAUGGAUGCCUCCAGUCCUUUCCAGAUACACCUGGUGUCUGCCUACAUAGCUCCGUGUGGAGCCUGUGGCUUUUGUUUUCUUUUUGCUCAGAAGGAUUUCAGCAAACUUUUUCUGUCUUUUCAUAUUGACUGGCUUAUCUGCAGCCUCCUCUUUCUGGGGAUGCUUGCCUACGUUCUCAGGGCCCUAGGCACAGCAAGCAACCGUGCUGCUAAGGGUGACUUGCCAAUCAUGAUUAUCUCAAGAUCAAAGAUAAGUUAGUGUGAAGAAAAGAUUCAGAAUAUCUUGGAAUCGCAUCAGUUGAACUGUGGCCAUGUCCAAUAAGAAGUAUUUUGGCUUCAUAUUGGUAACUUGUUGAACUCAGUAGCUUUUUAGGGAUGUGUAUCGAGACAGCAAGUCCUGUUCGAAAAUAUUGAUUACUAAUUAAGUAAUCCCCUGCCUUACGGUUGCUUCUGCAGUGGUGAGACAGGGUAGCUGUUUUCAAAUCACUCCUGAAGGAUAAAAUAUAAAAGUGGUUGUUAAUGGCUGAUGUCAGUCAUGUGUCCUGAGGCUUGUGAGUUGUAAGAGACAAGCUGUGCUGGCUUGUUUUAACCAGGUGAUUUCAGUUUGGAGUUGCAUUUUCCACUAAAGGAAACAAAAUACAGGAACCAAGAUUGAUCAGCUUUUAGUGGAUAGAUUCUGCUAAACCAAAGCUGUCCCAAAUGUAAGAGAAGAGUUUGGGACGGUUGUUUUCAGUGGUGUGUGGUUUUGGCGAUGUUGAUUAUUUAGCUGUAAAUACAUUGAAACGAGUACGAUACUGCUUGUAGGAUAGCUUAAGGUAUUUAUCACAUUAACUUUUUGUUGAGGCUAAAACGUCUGUUUCAAGAUGUGAUUCUUUUCUUCCAGGUAUGUGUUUUGAUUUACUCAACCUUCAAGCUGAUGUUAAAUAGAAGUUUUCUGGCAUCUGCUUUUCCUCCUUUUUCAGAUGUGCCAUUUCAGUGAGAGUAGAGACACUUCUUGGUCUGGUCCCUUAAUUCAAAUGCGUUGUAACUGUACAUAACAUAGAUAUGAUUGAAGAGCCUUUAAACUUUACUUUGAUGAAAAAUGAAGAGCAAGAUAUCAAUUAUAGUUCAAUUAUAAUUGAACUAUAAUUCAAUUAUAACCAUUGUAGUUUGGAAACUAAAUAUUAUAACGUCACAUAACUCACCUUUAGAUUAUUCUGGAUUAGCAGGAUCUGUGUGUAGCAGUGGUUCCUGUUACCUUGCUACUUCUGUAUUCUUUUCACAUUAUGGCACUGCCCAGCUGCAUAGCAUGAGGACAAACCUGAUUUAUACCCUCUGGCAAUCACCACACUUUUAAUACAUAUUCCUUAAAUUAAAUUUUGAAGGCCAUUGCAGUAUUUCUCAAAUUUAAUGGAAAGAUCACUUUUAAAAUAAAGAUGUGUGACAGUGUACCCCUUCACAUAAAAUUCAACAACACCCUUUCUGCAGGUAGCACUGAUUUCAAGUGGUAGUGUCAAAGUAAGAAUUCAAUGAAGGCUGCGUUCAACCCUUGGUUUAAGCCAUUGUGCCCAGCUAUCCCAUUAUCAAGCAAGGAUUUGGCACAGACAUCCUAUUUCAUGGCUACCAACAGUCUUCACCUUACUACCUUCUGUCUUCAAUACAAGCCUACGGUGAUAGCAUGUGUGUGCAUUCACUUGGCCUGCAAGUGGUCUAACUGGGAGAUUCCAGUAUCAACUGAUGGAAAACACUGGUGGGAGUAUGUGGAUCCUUCGGUUACUCUGGAAUUGCUGGACGAACUAACUCACGAGUUUCUGCAAAUACUGGAAAAAACACCUAGCAGGCUGAAGAGAAUUAGAAAUUGGCGGGCUAAUCAGGCUGCUCGGAAACCUAAAGGUGAUGGACAGGUAUCCGAGAACUCACUUCUUGGUUCGUCUUUGGUCCAGAAUUCCAUUUUGGUGGAUACAGUUACUGGUGUGGCCGCGAAUACAAGUUUCCAAAAACCGUCAACAUCAUUUCCUGCACCAGUACCUCUGACCUCAGGAAGUAUUUCUGUUCCAGAUAGUCAUGCACCUGAAAAUUUGGCAAUACUAGCAACAGGGAUGCCAAGUACCUCAUACAAUUUGGCAUCCCACCAGGAAUGGCCUCAGCAUCAAGAACAAAGCAGGACAGAACAAAUAUACUCUCAGAAACAGGAGACGUUACCUCCUAGUCAGUAUAAUAUGAACUUCCAGCCAGGGACGUCUGUACAGCUGCACUCGGGAGUACAUCACAGACCCGACAAACUUACCGAGCAUUCUGCUGUCAAACAAGAGUAUUCUCAUAAGUCAGGAAACAAACACCAUGGACAAGUUGCUGCUCCCCUAAUAAUUCCUCAAAAAAUGUCUCUGGAUAAAUACAGAGAGAAACGCAAGCUAGAAACCCUUGAACUGGAUGUGAGAGAACACUACGUAGCAACCCCAGGCGAACAGCCGCACAAAAAACACAUGCCGGCGCAGACAGCCAGCGGUGCUUCCGUUACGUCUCCUAUUAAAAUGAAAAUCCCCAUCGCGAACGCAGAGAAGCCUGAAAAACACUUGACUGAUAAAAAAGAAAAGGGAGGCUCACUCAAACUCCGCAUACCCAUCCCGCCCACAGAAAAGGGUGCCAGUAAGGAGGAGCUGAAAAUGAAAAUUAAAGUUUCUUCCUCAGAAAGACAUAGCUCAUCAGAUGAGGGUAGUGGAAAAAGUAAACACUCAAGUCCGCACGUUAGCAAGGAACACAAGGAAAAGCACAAGGAACACUCCUUAAAUCGCCACCACGGCGUGGGUCACAAGCACUCCCAUUCGCACAGUGGCAGCAGUAGUGGCGGCAGUAAGCAUAGUGCUGACGGCUUAACACCGACUGUUUUGAGGAGUCCCGUUGGCCUGAGUAGUGACAGCAAUUCCUCUAGUUCCGGCUCGUCAAGGAAGAGGUUGCACAGCAAUGAUGCUUCCCACAACCACCACUCCAAAAUGAGCAAAAGUUCCAAAAGUUCAGGUAGUUCAUCUAGUUCUUCCUCUGUUAAGCAGUAUGUAUCCUCUCACAGCUCUGUUUUUAACCUUCCCUUACCCCCUCCUCCCCCUGUCACAUACCAGGUGGGCUACGGACAUCUCAGCACCCUCGUGAAACUGGACAAGAAGCCAGUGGAGAACGGUCCUGAUGCCCAUCACCAGUACAGUACAAACAGCCAGCAUAUGGACUACAAAGACACAUUCGACAUGCUGGAUUCGCUGUUAAGUGCCCAAGGAAUGAACAUGUAGUUGAUUCUUAGGUUGUUUUUCUUCCCUUUUUUUUAAUUUAAGAAUUGUUAGAACGGAAAACUUCCUACUCCAGCAGUAGCAACACCAGCUGUUGCUGCCGUGGUUUCAGUAUACGUAAGUGCUGCUUUAUCCUUCACUCUGAAAAGAAGAGGUAUAGUAAACGAGUCUUUAUCUCCACAUAUGAUAGUGUUAUAAAUACUGUAAUAGCAUGGAAGGUGCAAAAAUCUCAGUAUUUCUACAACUGCAGCUAAGAACAGUAGAAUGAACGUCUGCUUUUAGGUGCAUAGGAUGCCUCGAGCAUUAAUUAUUUAUAAUUUUGAAUACUGCAGCCACAACUUUUUGUUGCUUAGUUUUUGAAUGAGUGUAAUUGUUUUCUUGUGUAUUUAUACUGUAUGUAUGAUUUGCAUGUUUUGAAAAUAAAGGGAUUAAAACAGUAUACUGACAACUGUUUACAAGAAAGUGGAGAAAAAUGUACAUACAUUUUUGUAUGUUUAGAUAUACCAUAAAUACUCAGGAUUGGAGCUGCUUGUAAGUAUAACAAAAUACACAUAACUUUAUUUUAUCUUGUCAGAGUCCAUCAGUUAUCCAAACCAAGAUGGCACUUUGUCUUGUUUAUCUUUAUAAACUGUAGGCCUUAUUGGAAGCCACUUAAAAGGGACACUUCACUAGAGAAGGUAUCCAGUACCAGGUAGGGUCACCACUGGACAGUAUUACCCGCGAGGCAGAAAACAGGGUGGGCCUCUGCUUGCUGACUGGCCAGAGCUUUGAAAUGUCCCUAAUUUCUUGAAGGAAAAAGGAAUUAAAAUAAAAGUUUACAUAAUCUCUUGAUGUGAAGUGCAUUUAAAUGUUUAUUGGCUUGAUGCAGUAAAAUAGACACAGAGCUGUUAAUAAUGGUUAUGUAGAUUUAAUGUGACUUAACUGCAAUUCAUAACUGUCAUGGUGGGAAAGUCAUCUUUUUUUUAAGAAGUCAUAAUUUAUUUUAAUAGUAAACAGGGGUCACUGUUUCCAUUACCAUUUCAGAAUAAUAUCCAUGUUCUGAAAUCCAAGAAGUGUACUUGUGUGUGAUGCCAUAUUUCUUUUACAGGUGAAUGCAGUCUUCACAGUAAAUAAGAAUAAAACUAUUGAUAUCCCAACUUCAUAUUCCAACAAUAAAAUAGUUAUCAUUGAUUCCGUGCAUUGUACUUGUCAUUAGUUACCAAAUUGGAAGAUACUUACUUCUUCUGUUUUUUCAGCUCUGUGGGGAAAAAAAUCAGUCUCCCAGUUAAACCACUAGCAUACAUUUCUAUCUGCCUGCAAGUGUCAGUGUUACAGCUCAUGUGCUCUUUCCACAGUGUUUUGCUCUUCAAAAUAAUAAAAGACAGGUGUGAAUGUUCACGUGUUCUCAAAGCCAAUACUACAGCUCAGCCUGGAUAAGUGAACUGACUUUCUGGGUUCUUACUCAAAGCUAUUCAUAAGCUAUGAAGUACCUCAACACAAACUCAGUAUAUAGUAGCAAGACACUUCUUGGUCACUUAUCUUAACUCAGAAGCAAACAGGAUGUGAAGUAGGCUUUUGCUAAUUUUGCUAAGCCACCUCCUUCACUUAGUGCUUGUGUAAUUUUGUCAUCUCCGAUGUCAGACCUGACGCCUAGCCCUUCCAGUUGUGUUACUAAAGCGUGCUUUAAAUGAUAAAACUGCUCAAAACCUACCCAGAUGGUAGUUGCUGUAUGAUGUAACUACAGGUAUAUCAAUUACUAUGUAAUACUCUCUUUCCAGUAAUGCAAACGCUUGUAAUUACUUGAAUAAGUUUUAUUUGAACUAUGGAUACCUUUUUUUUUUUUUUUUACACUAAGGAAUAUUUAAAUGGAAACCUGAUGGCAUCUUCUGCUAAAUCUAACCUGAAAUCUUGGCCCAUGUACAAAAUGCAAAGCUGUCUUACCUGUCCCGUGGUUGUUUUUCCUCUGUUCUGAAUGUAUUUAAACCCUUUGUUACAUUUCUGCAUUGUUGAGUAUUUUCUAUCCUUUUGUAGUGUUUCCUUUCCAUCUCAGCUCUACUCUUAGGUCUGGCUUUUAGCAAAUGUAAUCUGCAUUAUAUACUGUCCUAGGCUAUAGCAUGGGCAGGUGGAUGAGAAAGCAGUAAGUUGUUUUAAUUUUGUCUUUAAAGCACUACACUGCUUUUCUUUUCUAGUCUAUUUAAAUUGUUGUGCCAUGAAAUGCAUCUUAUACAGCCACUUUGGAUAAGCAAUAUAUUGUACUGUAAAUAUAGCAAUUGUUGUCGUAAGUUGGAAUUGAAAUGUCUGGAUGAUAACUAGUGCCUGUCUAAUAUAAAUUGGAAAAGAGCAUAGGUCUUCAUCUUAAGGUGCUGUUUCAAAAUAACUAUUUCCUAUUUUGAUUCUAGGAAAUUGUGAAAUCUUGUGGACAAAAUGUUGCUAUGCUACAUUGAGAUCCAAACUGAUUUUUGGUUUCUCUGUAAAGAAUAUCCAUAAAACUCCUUUGGUUUUGGUUUUCAAUGUGACUGUAAAUAUGUGAAAGUGUAUUUGUCUUUGUGUCCAGACUAAAUUCAGUGUGGUGGGAGUAAGGGUGCGAGGGAGGGAGAGGACAUGCAGCAAGAUGUCGCUGAUGUUCCCUGACUGAAACCCACUGCCAAUUAGUGAAUCGUGUGAAUUGGGGCCUGGCUGAGGUGUGUGAAAUGAGUGGAAAUUCAUUCAGUGGUCAGCCUCAACCUUCCAAGUGAAUGACCGAAUAAAUGCAAUAACAGGCUAACAGAUGACACUAUUACUCUGUUCAUCACUGAUUACAGGUUUUUUGUUGUAAAUGAGUCCAUGCAUUAUGUAAUUUUGUAAAAGUAAGCUUUAGUGCAGACCUUGCUAUGACACUAUUAAAAAUAUUCCCUUUUUGUGAGAUACAAGGUUUGUAGAAUAGUGAGAUUCUUUUGUAUGUUGAACCUUAAUUCUGUUCCUAAUGGUGGGAGUGCUGAAGUAAUGUAUCUCACUGUGAUCUGGUACUUCGGUAUUUGCAUAAAACAGCAGUUCUGUAUAUUCUUUUGGCAAAUUGUAAAUAUAAAUGUUUCAUAUUAGCAUAGUUGAAUUUUGAGGUACAGCCAUUUGUGUGAGAUUAGAAGGAAACUUUAUUUCUAAGAAAUUGUAAAAAAAAAAAAAAAAAAAAAAAAAAGUAUUUUCAAUAAAAUUCCCUACCUCACCUCUAUUGUGCAGAAAUUAUCCCAUUUCCUGUUUAAUUUUCCAACUUUAUUUGCAGGUCCCUGUUAAUUAUUGGCAAAAACAAUGUUUUCCAUCAAAACCAUCAAAUAGUAAAUUACUUUAAAGUUCCAUGUA